AACCUUUUUGUCACUUGCCAAUUUGCCAAACAUGGGGAAGCUCGCUCAAGUGUUGGGUGUUGGUGUAAAGGGGCAUCUUCGUCUAGAGCUAAAACGCGGCAGGUAUCAAGCUGGUGAACUGGUUGAAGGCACGAUUUUCCUCACCGUCGACGAAGAAAUCCGUUGCAACGGAGCUUUAGUACUUGAGAUCAGUGGCCUGGAAACUAUUGCGUGGACCAAACGUCAUGGCGAGAACAGCACGCAUCAUCGUGAUAAAAGGGUGUUUUUGCAGCAGCAACUGAAGAUUUCAUGCGACCAGGAGAGCUUCACACGAGGGGAGUACACGUACCCAUUCCGCUACCAGUUAGAGUCUACGGUGCCAGGGAGUUUUCAGCUUUCGAAUCGAUCAGCAGGUCGGCUCCGAAAUAUUCGCGCUGCAGUGAAAUAUGAGCUGAGAGCUCGUCAACCUGUGCUGGGCGCUUUUCGAGCUGACUUGGAGACGAAACAGGAACUUGUGGUGGCUCCAAUCCCGACAGUACAAAUCUCCCGCCCUCUGGAGAGUUCGACAAGUAGAGAAGUGCUACUGAUGACGAUGCUCCGCAAAGGAACGUGUCAACUCUCAGCCUUCAUGGACCGAGAUGUGUUUACCCCCGGGGAGAAGGUUAUGGUGCGUUGUUCGGUUUUCAAUCUAUCCAAAAUGAACGUCCGAGCACUCUCGCUGCGGAUCUACGAGGAUCUCGUGCUCCAUCACAAACGAGGGAAUGAUACACAAACCUCCACGUGCCUCUGUGAGGGAGAGUUCUCCGGUAUCCUGGCAGGUGAGUCAGCGGACAAGACGGUGUCCCUGCACUUACUGGAAUGGCGAUCAGGCUGUGCCAUGCGGCCUUCGACUGCGUCACAGUUUGUUAGAUGGAGCUACCGUCUCCAAGUACGGUGCACGUUCUUGAUGAGCCCCAGCGUGAGCUUGGACUUCCCUAUCGCGAUUGUCCAUCAGAACAGCACGAUCCAGACCGCAAAUGUGGAGCAAACCCAAUACAUGACGAGCCAGCGAUCUCUAAAGUGAAAACAGAAGAUCAACACUACACGUACAUGACUAAUAACGAGUGGUAUGAAGCUUCAUAGCCAUUUUCCAUUGAAGAGGGCAAAAGCCAGGGCUUAAACAAAACUUGAUAUCGGUGUCCCUGGUGCUUAAAAAGUCUCAGAGUGAACUUAGAGAGCGCAGUGGUUCUGCAUGGGUGUGACCGAGAAGCCGUCGUGCUUGCCC